AUGGUGGAGUACCCAACACCGGCCAAUUUCCUGGAGAAUCUACCUGCCUACCCCAUCAAGGAGAUGUGCAAGAUCAUCGAUGGAUUCCCCGCGAACGCAGACAUCCUGGAAAAGGUGUUUGCAGCCGCGAGCCUGUACUACAACUACACAGGAGACCAGACUUGCAACCAGAUUGAGUAUGAAGACAACUCCAAUACUUCACUCGGUGGCUGGGGAUGGCAGGCUUGCACACAGAUGAUCAUGCCGAUGUCAACCUCCAACGAGAGCAUGUUCCCACCAUACACAUUCAGCUACGAUGACAUGUCUGAUGCCUGUUUUCAGUUGAACAGGGUUCGGCCGAGGCCGCAUUGGAUCACAACUGAGUAUUGUGGACAUAAGACAGAUAAAGUGCUCAAGAGGUUUGGGAGCAACAUCAUCUUCUCCAACGGAAUGCGAGACCCAUGGAGUCGAGGCGGGGUGCUCAAGAAUAUCUCAUCCAGCAUCGUGGCCCUUGUCACAGAGAAAGGGGCUCAUCAUUUGGACCUCAGAUCUGCAACCAAGGAUGAUCCAGAUUGGGUUGUAGAACAAAGGAGACAAGAAGUUGAGAUCAUACAGGGAUGGCUAGAUCAGUAUCAUCAGGACAUGGCAUAAUUAUCCU